AUGUCUUCCCAGAGGGCCCUCACCCAGCUACAUUUCUCUCUUGAAACCUCUGUCCUGCGCACUUGUCCAUCUUGCGGUCUGUCGUACACCAAGGGUGCUCCUGACGACGAGUCCCUCCACCGUGCUCACUGUAUCCGGGUACAACGCGGUAUGGAGUGGGGUCGCGAAGAACACAAAGAGGUCGAGAAAGCCAACGUCGAAGAGGUGGGCCGUAAUGUUGUUCUCGGUGACGGCACGAAAGGGCGCAUAAUAUGCUUUCGAGCAGAUGUAGGAGGAAAGAUUGGCUCUAAGUUUGCGGUCCUGCUCGAAACCAUAAACUUGACGUUGUCCUCUCCACCCUUGACCCCCGAGGUACUUAAAGCCUCGAAAGCCUAUCUUUUCUUGUCACGCAGCAAAGGCAGUCCAAGUAGGGAGAAAAUAGCUGGCUGCGUGAUUGCCCAGCGUAUAUCAACCGCGAUGGAGGUCGCAUCCCCGGAAUCAUCAUCGAAACCAUUAUCCGAUCUCAUUCCUGUCGACCCGAGCACCUCCCUAUUUGUCCACCCUGAAAAACUUCCUACACCCAUGGGCAUCCCCCGUCUAUUUGUGCCUACCACACACCGUCGUCUUGGUAUUGCCACUCGUCUUUUGUCUGUUGCCGCGCGGACUUUUGUUCGAGGUUGUCCUCUAGAUCCUACUAAGGGGGAAAUCGCAUUUACUCAGCCGACCGGCGCUGGUGCUGGCGUCAUGAGAGCCUGGGGAAAGGGUGCGGCAAGGAUCUAUGAAGAAUAG